AUGACAGGUUCUCUGAACAGGCGGUCGCUUUUGAAUGGGGUAAAAAAAAUGAGAAUAAUAUUAUGUGAUACAAACGAAACAGUUGCCAGUCUCUGGCGAGAAUCUAUACCUCAUGCGUAUAUUCAAAAUGAUAAAUAUCUUUGUAUUCAUCAUGGACACCUUCAAUCUCUUAUGGAUUCAAUGCGUAAAGGUGACGCAAUCCACCAUGGCCACUCGUACGCAAUUGUUUCACCAGGCAACUCAUAUGGCUAUCUUGGAGGAGGGUUUGAUAAAGCCCUGUACAAUUAUUUCGGAGGGAAGCCCUUUGAGACAUGGUUCAGGAAUCAACUUGGAGGAAGAUAUCAUACUGUGGGGUCUGCAACAGUGAUUGAUUUGCAGCGAUGUCUUGAAGAGAAAACAAUCGAAUGCAGGGAUGGUAUUAGGUAUAUCAUUCAUGUUCCAACCGUCGUAGCCCCAUCAGCUCCUAUAUUUGAUCCACAGAAUCCCCUCAAGACGGGGUUCGAACCGGUUUUCAACGCCAUGUGGAAUGCUUUGAUGCAUUCUCCAAAAGAUAUUGAUGGCCUCAUUAUUCCUGGAUUAUGUACGGGGUAUGCAGGCGUACCACCCAUUAUUAGUUGCAAGAGUAUGGCCUUUGCAUUAAGACUUUAUAUGAUGGGAGACCUUAUGAGCAAAGAACUGAAAAAUGUGCUGAUUAUGUAUUAUUUACGAUAUCCGUUUGAACCUUUUUUCCCGGAAAGUUGCAAAGUAGAGUGCCAAAAACUAGGAAUAGAUAUCGAAAUGCUGAAAUCCUUCAAUGUAGAAAAAGAUGCAAUAGAACUGCUUAUUCCUAGAAGGAUCUUGACCUUGGAUUUAUAA